GUGCUUGGAGCCGCCUGAAAAGAAGGAAAAGAGGAUGAAAUAAAUGGAGGGACUGAGUAAUGUCUCCAUUAAUAUCGUACUGCACGAUAUAACAGCUACGUCACGCUGAUAACGCGCAAGCCGUUCGUGACCUGGAAGUACCGGGCUUGCAAGCAAGGCAGAUGACGAUUAUCGUUGUCGUCUGCUUAUCGAAGGUCAUCAUCGUUAUCAUCAUCGUCGUCGACAGCCGCGCGCAACACGCUCGCGCCGUGGGGAUCUUGGCCGAGGCCGCCGCCUCAGCUCCACAAACAAGCCUCCCGCCCCUCCACCCAAUACCGGUGAACGUCGAGGGUGGUCUGUAGCACGUAGCUAGCACGCACAACCUGCCAUGGAGCCCAUGUUCGCGCAUGCCCGCUCGCUACGGCUGUGGUGGACGGCCAGUCGCUUCCCGCUGCCGCUGCUCUGGGCAAACGGCAGCCAGCUGUGCCGCCUUGAAGAUCUGCCGCCGGAGCAGCCCCACAAUCCAUACAUCCUGACGGGAUACCGCCGAUGCCUCAGCCGCACCGACUGCCUCCUGAGCGUACUGCAGUGUCACAACGAGACGGGGAACAUCUGGAGCAACCUGCUGGCUCUGGCGAUCCUCUUCGCGCUCCUGGUCGAAGACCACGCCGGGGGCCGCUUCGCGCGCUUGGGCGUCGGGCUCGCGCACCGGGCUCUGCUCACCGCCAUGACGCUGGCGUACGCCGCCAUGCUGCUGCUGUCGGCCGUGUACCACACGUUCAACUGCACGGCCGAGGCCCGCUCCUGGUACCGACUCGACUUCGCCGGCGUCUGCCUCAGCGUGGUCGGCUACGUCCUCGGAUUCACGGCGCUCCAGUUCCGGGGCGCCUGGCGCGUCGCCCACCUGGCGGCCGCCAUCUUGGCCGCCACUCCAUCGCUGGUGCUCGCGGCGGCGGCUCGCUUCCGAGACCGGCGCCACGACGCGGCCAGGGUCAGAGCCAUGGGCGGGUUCGCGCUGUACAGCCUGCUGCCGCUGUCCCACCACGCGGCGUACGGGGACCCGCGGCUCGUGGGUUGCACGCUGCCGGGUCACCUGACGGUGCUGGGACUCCUGGCGCUGUCGCUGUUCAUCUACGUGAAGAAGCUGCCCGAGCGCCGGUGGCCGGGCUCCGUGGACCUUCUGGGCUCGAGCCAUCAGAUCUGGCACGUGGGCGUCGGCGUCUGCGUGCUCUUGUCGCACGAGCUCCAGUUGGUCUACGUGACGUCACCGCCUUAGCCGACGCGUUGCUUCGACGGUGUUUUCGUGCGCGCGUGUGAGAUCGCGAAGCCAUAUUUGUGCUGUCGUGCGCGAACGCUACGUCUGUGCGGUCGAAGAAGUUUCAAUUUGCUUCGAAGGCAGUGCAGAUAGGAGCGAUGACAUUGCCUUUUCCUUCGGCAACAAUUAAUAUAUAGCAUUGCAGAGCGGCUUCAAAUCCGCGAUUGCUACAUAUGUCUAUAGUGUAAUUAUAUAAUAGAAAGACUAAUUAAGUGAUAUUACACUGAGGUAAUCCAUUAUUAAUAGCGAUCUCUGCCCGCCUCUGAUAACGCGACGCCGAAGGAUGUGCUUUAUAUUGUCUCCUCUGCGCUGUCUUCAAGAAAAUUGGUUAAACUCUGCCGGAGCAGUUUGUGGCGCGGAUUUGCGCCACUACCGACUGAAACGGCUUCAGCACCACGAUCUCUCGUCGCAACUAUAUACUCACUGUGAUGUAUCCACGGCUUCAACCUCCACAUCGGAUUAUAGUGCGUGAUGAUUUCGUCGAAGUGCGAUCGCCUUGAGGAAAUACACUCGCGAGUAGUGAUGUCUACCCUAAAACGUUCAUUCUGUAAACGUGUAUGGUCCGCGUGCGACAAAGUAGUGCGUACAAGUCUUUUUGGAGUUACAAGCACGAUGGCUGUGAGACACCGAUAUAAAGACGUACGUAAGUCGACCCUUACG